AUGGCACAUGAACAUUGUGAUACGUGUUUUCUAAUCAAUUGUUUUCAUACAUCUUCUUGCCCAUUGAUCUAUUGUCCGAAUGGAUGUUUUGCUCGUAUGCAUGAAUGCAAACGUGACGAUCAUGAGUAUAUUUGUCCGAAUGCUUUAAUUCCUUGUAUAAAUGUUAAUUACGGUUGUCCAUCGACGAUACGACGUCAUGAUAUUUCUCGGCAUUUACAUAUAUGUGCUGCAUCCGUAACAGUUUGUUCGUUUAUUAAUAAUCAUGAAUAUCCUACUAAUCCUUUGGAAAAUUCAACGGAUAAUGGUCUGAUUGAAAUGAUAGCUCGCCGUGACAAUAUUUGGGAUGAACAUGUGAAAGAUUUCAAAAAAAAAGAAAAUAAAAUCUAUGGACUUUUAAGAAGUAAUGUAUCGAAAAAUCGUCAAGUGGAAAAUAUUGUUCGCAGUGAAAAAUAUCGAUAUAUAACAAUGCCGAAAUGUGUGUUAGAUAGAGGAGAUGGGAUUUUAUGUAGCACAUGUAGAAAACAUCUUAGACAAUUGGAAGAAAAUGAAGAUCAACGUUUAUCAGAACUUACCGAAGAGGAACGACAACACAUGACUCAAUUUGAUUUACACAAUGAGAACAAUUUUGAUCCCACAACAAUACCAUCUUUAGUUAAAACGUCUUCUACGUUAAUUAAUGCAUCUGAUAUGUCAAAGCUUUCGUCGUCUUCUUACGAUUCUCCGGUGGUGUCAAUGACAGAGACUACGCAAGAUGAUCCAAUGCCUAUUAUAUCUGAUAUCGAAUUACCUUCGUCACAUAUUUAUCGAUUGAAUUAUUUUGCUUCAAAUAAUCGUCCAACCAAUCCUGAGUCAUUUAAUAAAUCACCUCGAUUUUUUUGUCAUGCUCUAUGUCGUCGAGAUGAAAUUGACAAACAUUGGCUUAUACACUCUGAUAUUGAUUGUACUCUCAAUACGUAUCUUAUUCAAAAAUGUCCAAAAUCUCAAUAUGGUUGUACAUUUCAAUAUGAACGUCUUGAGCCAUGCCAAAUGAAUGGCCAAUCAAUACGAAUUCGCUUCGAUCAGAUCAAUGAUGCAAUUGCUUUUGACUGGUAUCCAGAAAUAGUCAAUGACGGAAGUGAACGAUUAGAUAUGAGUACUUUACCAUCCGAAAUACUUAUGAAUAUUCUUCAGCGAUUGGAUAGUCUAUCAUUAAGGAAUAUUUCACUUGUGUGCCGUCGUUUGCGUGCCAUAUGUCAAGAUCUAUUACCUUCACGAGGAAUUGUCGUUAAGGAAUAUGAACGUAAUCCACUUUCGCAUGGAGAUGUAACUUGGAUUGAACGACAAAAACAUUGGUUAUUUACAAACACUGCAUCAGCAGUUCCGAAAUGGCAAUUAAGAAAGCCCAAUAAAUUGACGUCAUUGACUCAACAUUUAAUAGCAUGUCCAUACGGCGAAACGAAAGAUCUUCAAAACGAACCACGAUUUCUUCUACAUGCUUGGGGUACUAGUGAGCUUGCAUCGAAAACUGCCGAAUAA